AGUCCAACAAUUUUUCAUACACAGCAAAGCAAAGGGUUUUUCGCAUUGCUGAAAUCUUAUGCUUUUUUAUUUAUCAACACUGAUAACUGUAGCCACCAAAGCUUCAUCAAGAAUAUCUUCAUUUCUACCACAAACACGCUUCAUUUCUUCUCUCAUGGCUCCCACCGAAGAAACUCUCCGUAAAGCCCUAGAAGGUAAACUCUCCGCCGUCGAAAACCAAGCCAACAUCGUUCGUGAACUCAAAGCAAAAUCAGCUCUUAAACCUGAUAUCGAUGCUGCUGUUCAAGCUUUAAAUGCGCUUAAACUCGAGAAAUCUGACAUCGAGAAAUCACUUCAAUCGCUUCUCUCGGGUACUGGUUCUGAUUCCCGUGAAGCGUUUCGUCAAUCAGUUGUUAACACUCUUGAACGCCGUUUAUUUUACAUUCCUUCAUUCAAAAUUUAUCGUGGUGUUGCCGGUCUUUAUGAUUAUGGUCCUCCUGGUUGCGCCGUUAAAUCUAACGUCCUCUCCUUUUGGCGUCAGCAUUUUGUUUUGGAGGAAAACAUGCUUGAGGUUGAUUGUCCCUGUGUUACACCGGAGGUUGUUCUGAAGGCUUCUGGUCACGUGGAUAAAUUCACAGAUCUCAUGGUGAAGGACGAGAAAACCGGCACGUGUUACCGUGCUGAUCAUUUGCUCAAGGACUAUUGCAAUGAGAAGCUUCAAAAAGAUCUCACUUUGUCAUCAGAUAAAGCUGCAGAGAUCAAACACGUGCUUGCUAUGCUGGAUGAUUUCUCAUCUCAAGAGCUUGGUGCUAAGAUUAAGGAGUAUGGUAUCACUGCUCCUGAAACCAAAAAUCCCCUGUCAGAUCCUUACCCUUUCAAUUUGAUGUUUCAAACUUCUAUUGGUCCCUCGGGCUUAGCACCUGGGUUUAUGCGUCCGGAAACUGCACAGGGCAUAUUUGUUAAUUUCAAGGACUUGUACUAUUACAAUGGAAACAAGUUACCCUUUGCUGCUGCACAAAUUGGACAGGCAUUUAGAAAUGAGAUAUCUCCCCGUCAAGGCCUUCUCAGAGUCCGGGAAUUCACCUUGGCAGAAAUUGAGCACUUUGUUGAUCCCGAAGACAAGUCUCAUCCUAAGUAUGCCGAAGUUGCUGACUUGGAGUUUCUCAUGUUCCCAAGGGAAGAACAGGUGUCUGGUCAGUCUGCAAAGAAAAUCCGUCUCGGUGAAGCUGUUUCAAAGGGUAUUGUCAAUAAUGAGACUCUUGGUUAUUUCAUUGGGAGAGUAUAUCUCUUCUUGACGCGUCUCGGUAUUGACAAAGACCGCUUGAGAUUUAGGCAGCAUCUUGCCAAUGAGAUGGCCCAUUAUGCUGCUGACUGUUGGGAUGCUGAGAUUGAGUGUUCCUAUGGUUGGAUCGAGUGUGUUGGCAUCGCCGAUAGAUCUGCAUAUGAUUUGCGUGCUCACUCGGAGAAAAGUGGUGUUCCACUGGUGGCUCAUGAAAAGUAUUCAGAACCUAAGGAAGUGGAGAAAUUGGUUAUAACUCCCAUAAAGAAAGAAUUGGGCUUGGCAUUCAAAGGUAAUCAGAAGAUGGUGGUUGAAGCACUUGAGGCAAUGCACGAGAAAGAAGCCUUGGAUAUGAAGGCUGCACUGGAAUCAAAAGGUGAGGUUGGGUUUGAAGUGUGUACGCUUGGGAAAACUGUAACUAUUAAGAAGAGCAUGGUGACCAUUCACAAGGAGACAAAGAAAGAGCAUCAGCGUGUUUUUACACCGUCUGUGAUUGAACCAUCCUUUGGGAUUGGACGGAUAAUAUAUUGCCUAUUUGAGCACACUUUCUAUACGAGGGCAAGUAAAGCUGGGGAUGAACAGUUAAAUGUAUUUCGCUUUCCUUCUCUUGUGGCUCCUAUUAAGUGCACAGUUUUCCCUCUGGUUCAAAACCAGAAGUAUGAAGAGGUUGCCAAAUUAAUUUCCAAGUCUUUGACUGCUGCUGGAAUUUCCCAUAAGGUUGACAUUACAGGUACGUCAAUAGGAAAACGGUAUGCAAGAACAGAUGAACUUGGUGUGCCUUUUGCUGUCACUGUGGAUUCAACAACGUCAGUGACUAUUCGGGAGAGGGACAGCAAGGAUCAAGUGCGUGUUGAUGUGGAAAAAGCUGCAACUGUUAUUAGGGAGGUAUCCGAAGGCCAGAGGACAUGGGAAGACGUGUGGUCUACUUUCCCUCACCACUCGUCUACCGCUACAGAUGAAUAGAUGAUUGAAUUUAACCAAGUCACCAAUCUUGGUUGGACCUUUCAUGGUUUUCUUUUGCAACUUUUUUUGGUGUUUGAGCAAUGAAUGAAUAGAACUACAAGGAUGUUACCAAUUACAACUACAUACCCAUUUUUGUUAUACUGAAGUUUAUUCUGCAUGUUUCUGGUUUUGCCUACAACUUUAAAUGUGCAGACCUCUGCUCACCUGUGAUUUGCAAAUGAUAGUGUAAUGUUAUGUUAGUUUCUAGGGUUCGAAUCCUAAACUCUCUUUAAAACUCUUUUGGUGCUGUGUUAUGGUAGUAGUUAUAUAGAUAUAUAGAUUUGGCAUGGCAA